AUGCAGCUGGCACGGGUGCUUAGGUGCCCAGAACGGGUGGACUGCUGCUGCAGUGAUGCGCACAGGGCCCUGGCUCACAGGGCUUUGAAUCUGCACGGCCAGGCCAUCAGCCGGCACAGUGAUGGCCCAGAGGCGCUUAAUGCCUUUGCGCCUGUGUGGCUUGAAAGAAGAAUUAUUUUAUUUUCUCCCAAGUUUUCUUUGGGUCCGGAAUCUGGGGAGAGGCUGGCUGGGCGGAUCUGGUUCGAGUCUCUCGUGAGGUCGGAGUCAGAGUCAGAUGGUGGCCGGCAGGAGCAGCUGGGGCUCCCAGUUUUCAGAUGCAGAACUGCUGCACUGCGAAGCCAGCUGACCUACCCAGAUCACCUGCCAGGUGGAAGCCCUGGUCUGUUUGACGCCUGGAGCCCAGUUCUCCCUGUCAGGCUACCUGCUCUCCUGCUGGCUCCCCAAGUUCUCCCUGGGCCCCGACGCCACCAGGCCCAGGCUGAGUGCGGCCAGUUCUGUCGCUCGGGCUGUGAGCAUCCACGUGCACGGGGGAGACGGACGGUAAACAAAGACCACAAGUGUCCCACAUCGCAGAGAAGAGCCAUCACCACACAGUGGUCGAAGGUUCAGGCCCCGGAGCACAGCUGUGUUGGAAGCCAGAUGAAAGAGCGUAUAAGCCCAGUUACAGAAAACUCGAGGAAGUCCCCAGUGACCUUCAGUGACAGAAGCAGCCGCGAUCGCCGGGGAUGGGGCAGAGGGAGUGGGAAGGGCCGCAGAAAGGAGGCUCCCAGAGGCAGAGGAUGCUCUGGGGGGGAACCCCCUGCCGGUGGUGCUGGAUGUUCGCAGGUGUGUGCGCCUGUCCAAGCUUCUCACGUUGUGUGCAUUCGUCAUGGUCAGUUUCUUGCUUAGCAACUCAAUAAAGCUUUUUCUCUUUUAAGAGAAAAAUUACGGGAGGGCUUUCGCUAUUUCUAUUGGAGAAUGGGCUUCACUGUGUUUUCCUUAAUACUCGGUCUUUCUGCCUCGUAUGGGACCUGCUAUGCAUCACAAGCAGGACUCAGCCCACUGCUCUCCGCCUUUGCCUGCAUUGCUGGCACUGCCCUCAGUGGUUGGGAUCUAUCGUUCCAGAGGCGCCUUCCACCGUGGAACUCUCUUGACAGCUGCCGGUGGGUGGGGGCCGUCCAAGCCCCUCACAACUGCUCAAACAGCUGAAGGAAUCUGGGGGGACCGUGCCGAGUUAGUGGGAGGGGUGGGGAGAGGCACACACCUGCCACAGGAUGCGGGGCCGACACUCGGACCCCACUCGGGGUCAGUUAGGGGUGACUCAUGUACCAUGCCAGGGCAGAAAACCCGUGUCUGACGCGUUUCAGCUCCUGCUCUCUCCGGUCCGCUGCAUUCAUCUGUCUGCCAUUGUCUGGAACUUGCUUACAGAUGGGCUGUUAGCAAGCCUGUCUCUUGUUUCUUUAAGCCUGAGAAAGAGGAGCUCUGACCUCUGUUUCUAUGCAUGUAAACAAAAGCCUUCUUGGCCACCAGAAAGCGCAAAGUGCUCAGUCAGCAAGACGUUUGUGGGCCAGCAGUUGAAAUGACAUCAGGCUUCCUCCUGGAAUUCAACCAGAGGUAAACAUCAGGUCCUUCCAUUUACACAGAGAGAAUGGUCUGUCUCCUGCCAGUGUUCAGAGACGCUGGCUUUCAAAGAGAACACUCGAGAGAAGAGCCUUCGUGAGCUCGGGCUUUGCCAA